AUGUCCUUCGAGUACUUGCCCGUGGCUGAAGACGAAAAUGAAGAACCCAUAGAAUUACCAAUCGAAGAUGAUGGUACGUUGAUGUUAACUACCGUAUCGGCGCAAUUUCCGGGCUGUUGUGGCCUAAAAUAUCGUCACCCUGAAACAAAAAUCAUCAGGGGUAUCAGAUUAAGAGAGGGCAGAUUGUACCCACCCCCUGAAGGAUGGGGUAACCAUUUAUACAUAUGUAGCUUCCCUAAAGAAUCUAAGCGUAAACCGGGUGAAACCUCUGAAUCGGCUGCGACGAAGAACAAGCGAAAUGACAAUCUGUGCUCUGAUUUGAUAGUAUUGGGGCUGCCAUGGAAGGCUACAGAGCAAACUGUUCGUGAAUACUUUGAGAAGUUUGGUGAAGUGUUAAUGGCGCAAUUAAAAAGAGACCCUAAAACGGGAAUGUCGAAAGGUUUUGCCUUCAUUAGAUUUGCUUCUUAUACUUCUCAAAUGAGAGUGCUUGCUCAGCGGCAUAUGAUUGAUGGAAGAUGGUGUGAUGUUCGGAUACCUAACUCAAAAGAAGGAUCAGUUGCAUCAAUGCCUUGUAAAGUGUUUGUUGGCCGCUGUACAGAAGAGUUAACAGCCAAUGAUUUGAGAGAAUACUUCUCACAAUUUGGGGAAGUAACUGAUGUGUUUAUUCCUAAACCAUUUAGAGCCUUCAGCUUUAUAACAUUUUUGGAUCCUGAGGUUGCACAAAGCCUUUGUGGUCAAGAUCAUAUUAUUAAAGGAGUAUCUGUAAACGUUUCUAAUGCAUCACCCAAGCAAAACAAAAGUGGUUCUAAUCAGCGCACGAUGCCUGGCCGCAACUAUGAAGAUGGGCACCCACACAAUGCAUCAAACAACAACUCAUGGAGCAGCCGCAACAUGGACAUGGUGAACAUGCAAGCUUUGAGUUUAUCUGGACAACAUGGUCAAACUGCAGUUGCUGGAGGUGGUGGGCAGGCUCAAGGUGGAAGCAUGCCUCUUGGAAUGGGAGGAUUGCCAGUAAAUCAGGCUCUAGUGGCAGCUGCGCUAAACCAGGCUGCUGGCUGGGGUCUCAUCAACAACAUACCGUCCGGUGGCUCUGAGCAGGGCGCAUUUGCUGGUCCAGCAUCUUCUGCGCCGCCUGCUCCACCCAACUUCCUCUCUUGGAUGCAACAAGGUAAUUCUGCACAGGGACCCUCUAGUCAGUGGGGACAGCGGCACCAGUCCCAAGGCCACUCUGUUUGA